AGCCAUUUACUCCCCCUUCCCCCCACGCCAAAACUUCUCUGGUUCCCUGACCUCAGUGAGAUUGCAGCCGGUGUGGGAACCUGGGGGAGACAUGGAGAAAGAGACGGGGGAUCCCCUGGCUGGAGCUGACCGACAGAGUAGGCAGUCAUGGCUGGAGAAUUGGAUAUCAGAGUAAUGUUUGACCUCUGGAAACACCAAAUUUCUUUUUUCAGUCCCUUACAGGAGGUCCGGUCAAAAUUCACUAGGUAGGAGGGUCAUCAGCUGGAAAGAGCCGGAGCCUGGGGGGACCUGGCCGGAUAGGUAUGGGGAGUCCAGGCUGGUCCCCCCAUGGCAGCCCCCCAACUCUAAGCACUCUCACCCUCCUGCUGCUCCUCUGUGGACAUGCUCAUUCUCAAUGCAAGAUCCUCCGCUGCAAUGCUGAGUAUGUAUCAUCCACCCUGAGCCUUAGAGGUGGGGGUUCACCGGGAGCACUUCGAGGAGGAGCAGGAGCAGGAGCAGGAGCAGGGAGCCGGGGUGGCGCGGGCUCCGGCGGCCUCUGUCGAGCCCUCCGCUCCUACGCUCUCUGUACCCGGCGCACCGCCCGCACCUGCCGCGGGGACCUGGCCUUCCAUUCGGCGGUGCACGGUAUCGAAGACCUGAUGAUACAGCACAACUGCUCCCGCCAGGGCCCCACGGCCCCUCCCCCGCCCCGCGGCCCCGCCCUUCCAGGCUCCGGCCCAGUCCGCUCCUCCGGACCCCCAGCCCCGGACCCCUGUGACUAUGAGGGCCAGUUUUCCCGGCUGCACGGUCGUCCCCCGGGCUUCCUGCAUUGCGCCUCCUUUGGGGACCCCCACGUGCGCAGCUUCCACCACCUCUUUCACACGUGCCGUGUCCAAGGAGCUUGGCCCCUGCUGGAUAAUGACUUCCUUUUUGUCCAGGCCACCAGCUCCCCCGUGGCAUCGGGGGCCAACGCCACCGCUACCCGCAAGCUUACCAUUAUAUUUAAGAACAUGCAGGAAUGCAUUGAUCAGAAGGUCUACCAGGCUGAGGUGGACAAUCUUCCAGCAGCCUUCGAAGAUGGUUCUAUCAAUGGAGGUGACCGACCUGGGGGCUCUAGUUUGUCCAUUCGAACUACUAAUCCUGGGAAUCACGUGGAGAUCCAAGCUGCCUAUAUCGGCACAACUAUAAUCAUUCGGCAGACAGCUGGGCAGCUCUCCUUCUCCAUCAAGGUAGCAGAGGAUGUGGCCAGGGCCUUCUCUGCUGAGCAGGACCUGCAGCUCUGUGUUGGGGGGUGUCCCCCAAGUCAGCGACUCUCUCGCUCAGAACGCAGUCGUCGUGGAGCUAUAACCAUUGAUACGGCCAAACAGCUGUGCAAGGAAGGGCUGCCUGUAGAAGAUGCUUACUUCCAUUCUUGUGUCUUUGAUGUUUUGAUCUCUGGUGACCCCAACUUCACGGUGGCAGCUCAGGCAGCUUUGGAGGAUGCCCGAGCUUUCCUGCCAGACUUAGAAAAGCUGCAUCUCUUCCCCUCAGAUGCCGGAGUUACUCUUUCCUCAGGAACCCUCCUGGCCCCACUAUCUGGGCUCCUUCUUCUGUGGCUUUGCAUUCAGUAACUAGGCCAGCAACCCCAUGACUGGUUUGAAAUGAUCAGGGGAUAGAGACAGGCAGGGAAGAACAUGAAGAAUCCCUGAAGGAAACAGAGGGAACUAGAAGACACAUGAAAUAACGACAUUUAACCAGAGUCAGAUAAGGCUGUAGUCCAGGACUGAAAUGAUCACAGAAUAAGGAUUUUGGGCAAAGCUUCUGUAAUCUAGACUUCUGUAGUGGCUCUUUGUCCAUUUUCCCAGUCUCAGUUAUGAUACACGAUUGUUGUAGUUCCUCUACUCCUGAAAUCACCCCAACAAACUUAGAGGCUAUAGGGAUCUUGAUGACCAGUAGAAAACUUAAGGGUUGAGACUUUUAAGAUGAAAGAAUUGAAAGAGGAAGACAUGACCAUUACCUAUGAGAGAUGUAAAAAUCCAACAAUAUUUUCUCUUGGAAGAUGGAAAGAGGAGGAAAUGAUUAAGGAUGGAGUCUAUCUGAUAAAUAAAAAUCGGUAAGAUGUGCUCUUUCUGGCUCAGAAAUGAAACAGGGCUUGUCUGGAUCUUAGGAGGAGGGAAACUCUACCUUUGGAGCGUGGCAUGGAUAGGAAAGCAGCUAGCAUCCCCACCUCUACAUAAUCUGUUAUUAAAGCUAUGAAUUCUUCA